AUGCUCGAAGCUUCAAGAGUCUUUACAGAGAUAAUAUCUCAUAUUAAAGGUGGUUUGGAAGCUAUGGAAGCAGGUGAUGGUAAACUCAAUCGCGAGGACUAUGUUCGAUUGUCAGAGAGCCGGGGUUCCAAUUUAAGCAAGCAAAAGAGAGAAGCAAUAUACGAUAUAUUUCAGGCUUAUGAAAAAAUGAAGAUGAAAAAUGGUGAAUUUGAUCUGGGUGAUUUUGUAAUUGAUCUUCACCAUCGUCUGAGGCAUGAAAAAUAUGGGGGUGAUCAAAUGGACUUUGUUUAUAUCGAUGAGGUUCAAGAUCUCACAAUGAGUCAAAUUGCUCUAUUUAAACAUAUGUGCAUCAAUAUUGAAGAGGGAUUUAUUUUUUCUGGUGAUACAGCACAAACAAUUGCAAGGGGUAUUGAUUUUAGGUUCCAAGAUAUACGACAUUUGUUCCACAAGAAGUUUGUGUUGGAAUCAAGAAGCAAUAAGCUUGAAGAAAGAAAAGAAAAGGGACAAAUUUCAAAAAUGUUUCAUUUGACUCAAAAUUUCCGUACCCAUGCUGGUAUAGUAAAGUUAUCACAGAGCAUUAUUGAACUCAUUUAUCGGUUUUUUCCUCACUCUAUUGAUGUUUUAGACCCUGAAACCAGUCUUAUUUAUGGGGAAGCUCCAGUUUUGCUUGAAUCUGGAGAAAAUGAGAAUGCAAUCAUAAAAAUAUUUGGAAAUAGUGGAACUGGUAUUGGAAAUAUAGUUGGCUUCGGUGCAGAGCAGGUUAUUUUGGUGCGAGAUGAUGGUGCUAAGAAAGAAGUUUCCAUGUUCGUUGGGAGGCAUGCUCUUGUCCUCACCAUUGUGGAGUGCAAGGGCCUUGAGUUCCAGGAUGUACUCUUGUACAACUUUUUUGGCUCAUCACCACUGAAAAACCAAUGGAGAGUCAUAUAUGAUUACAUGAAGGACCGAGGUUUGCUUGAUUCGACAUUACCAAAGUGCUUUCCAAGUUUCAAUGAAUCUAAACACAACAUCCUAUGCUCUGAAUUGAAGCGAUUAUAUGUUGCUGUUACUCGUACGAGACAGAGAUUGUGGGUUUGUGAGAAUGUAGAAGAGCUCUCCAAACCGAUGUUUGACUAUUGGAAGAAGAAAUGUCUUGUACAAGUUAGGCAACUGGAUGAUUCACUUGCACAGGAGAUGCAAGUUGCAAGCAGGCCAGAGGAGUGGAAAUCACGGGGAAUUAAGCUUUAUCACGAACAUAGCUAUGAAAUGGCCACAAUGUGCUUUGAGAGAGCUGGUGAUACAUAUUGGGAAAAAAGGUCCAAAGCUACCGGCCUUAAAGCUAUCGCUGACCAUAUGCGAACUUCAAAUCCUGAAGAGGCAAACUCCAUUCUUAGGGAAGCUGCUGAAAUAUUUGAUGCUAUAGGCAAGGCAGAUUCCGCUGCCAUAUGCUUUUCUGAUUUAGGCGAAUAUGAAAGAGCAGCUAGGAUUUAUUUGGAUAAAUAUGGCGUGCCUGAUCUGGAAAGAGCUGGAGAAUGUUUUUCUCUAGCAGGAUGCUAUAAAGAUUCUGCGGAUGUGUAUGCCAAGGGCAAUUUUUUCUCUGAGUGUCUCACUGCUUGUGCCAAAGGAAAACUGUUUGAAAUGGGUUUGCAAUACAUCAAGUAUUGGAAAAAGCAUGCAAUAGAGGACUGUGUUGUGGCUAGAAGAGGUGAAGAAAUGGAUAAAAUUGAACAAGAAUAUCUGGAGAGCUGCGCAUCCCACUAUUAUGAGUUGACAGAUCACAGAUCCAUGAUGAACUUUGUUAAAGAGUUUCAUUCUAUUAUUUUGAUGCGGAACUUUUUGAAGAAGUUGGGUCUCCUUGAUGAGCUUCUUUUGUUGGAAGAAGAAUUUGGAAACUAUAUUGAAGCUGCGGAAAUUGCAAAGAUGAAAGGCGAUAUUCUACUUGAAGCUGAUUUCCUUGGAAAGGCAGGCAAGUUCAGAGAAGCGUCAUCACACAUUCUACUCUAUGUGUUUGCAAACUCUCUUUGGUCAUAUGGCGGAAAGGGCUGGCCCAUACAACAGUUUUCACAAAAGGAGGAGCUUUUAUCAAAAGCCAAGUCAAUUGCUAAGAAGGAAACAGAAAGCUUUUAUGAGCUUGUUUGCACUGAGAUUGACAUUUUGUUAAAUGAGCAGAGUAGCUUGGCCUUGAUAAAAAAUUAUAUGAAUGUUUGUCGGAGGCAUAAGAGAGUUGAAUUAUUAUCUGCUCGAAAAAUAUUGGAUGCUCACAUUUCUUCAUCCGCCGAUAAAUAUGUGUGGGAAAAGGAUUUGGUUGAUGGUAAUCUGAUAAUGUGUUCAGAAGGCAGAAUAUCUGAAAAUCAGGUAUCUAUAGAUUCACUGAUAUAUUUCUGGAUUUUUUGGAAGGAUAAAAUUGCUUUCAUAAUCAAAUAUCUCGGAUGCCUUGAAAAUCGAGAUGUUAAUGAUUACAAAAGGUACGAAGAGCUUUGUGUGGAUUACUUGGGAGUGUGGAGGUUGUAUCAUAAUCUUACUCCAGUCUAUGUUUUACUCGUCUCUGAUGCUGAUUGGGUUCGAGGUCUGGACGAAGGACAUUUUAGAAAUCAUGGGAAGUUGGUCUCCAUUAAUGUUCACCAGCUUGUCUCAGCCGCUUGUAGUUAUUGGAGUUCAGAAAUGCUUUCUGUUGGCAUGGAAGUUUUGGAGAAGCUUGAAAAUCUUUACCAGUUUCCAAUAAAAAAUGCCUAUGAUGCAGUGUUCUGCCAAAGCAGGUGUCUUGCCCAUAUUUGUGGGAUCUCAGAAUAUCUUUUGCAAUCAAAAUGUUUGAAGCUAAGGAAUCAAGAUGCCGAGAGAUUGCAGAGAUGUGUUAAGUUUUCUACUGAUACUGUUGUUGCGAAUAUAUUUCCUUUGGAUUGGAGGAAUUCAUUGAGUGAGAAUAUGAUUGCUCUUAGAAGAACUGAUGCUUUAAAGAAUGCGCUGAAACAAGUAAUAGUCGAGUAUACCAGCUCAAAGAAGGUGCUGUCUUUUGGGCAGAUUGGAAGGCUUGCAAUGGUUAUUCUCGGGUCCGGUAAGCUGAAUAAUAGUGAACUAUACGAGAAGCUUGUGAUAAAACUGGACUUCCACCAGCCAUGGAAGGCUUUCAUUGAGAAUCUAUGUGGGAAUAUUGGCCCUGGAAACACCAGUGAAGAACCGAGAGAGGUGUCUAUAAUGUUGAAGUUGUAUGGAGCUUUAGUUGAUAUUUAUAAUGCGAACUGGAGGGCGGUUCGUGAUUACAUAUCACCUGGUUGCUUUUUGUACCUUGUAGAGCGCCUUCUGAUUUGGGCAACUUGCUUUCAGGGUUAUGCUAUCACUACAAGUUCUUGCUUUGUUGAGUGGCUCAUAUACCAAGAGGAAGAUACCAACUUGAGUUCCAUGGUUGGUGUUGGUGAUGCGCUACCAUCUUUAAUUGACAUCAGUCGUUUUGUGAUUUAUGUGGUUCGGGAGUGUGUUUUUAAUAAGGCGGAUAUGGUUGAAUGGAUUAAAAAGACCAACGCAGAUUGGAACAACUAUCAUUCUCAACUCAUGUUGCGAUUUGUUGUCGUGUUAUGCUUGGUUUAUUUAAAUUUUGGCAUGGGUCUAGAUGAACUCUAUGAUUUGCUGGGAAGGGACUAUAUCACUGAGCAGCUGCCGUGGGAAUUUUUUGACGCCCUUAAGAGACGGAGGAGACACAAAACUCUUAAUAUAAAUGUGAAGCUGCUAGCUGCAGCUUUUCAGAAGAUUGGUAAUACUUUGGUAAUUGCAAGUUUCGGGUCAGAUUGUUCAAGGUUCUUAUGUUCAGAUGUCAUCUUUGUUGACAUGAAGGCCAACCAUUCCAGGGAUUACAUACUGAGAAAAUUGAUUCCUAAACAACCACCUGUCCUACAAGUUUCCCAAGCUACAUCUGUUGAAGCAGCAGGCGAUAAUUCAUGUCAUCUUAGUUGA